AUGGCAAACAAGGCGGCGACUAGGCGGUUGACGCGCGAAUACCAAAACAUUCAAAAGAACCCUCCGCCCUAUAUCACUGCUCAUCCCUCAGAGUCAAACAUCCUAGAAUGGCACUACAUCCUUCAAGGUCCCCCGCAGACACCAUAUGAAAAUGGCCAGUACUGGGGAACGUUGAUGUUCCCACCAGACUAUCCAUUUGCACCGCCUGCCAUCCGCAUGCACACCCCGAGCGGUCGGUUCCAGCCCUCCUCUCGACUCUGUCUCAGCAUCAGCGAUUUCCACCCCAAGUCAUUCAACCCAGCGUGGGAAGUUUCGACGAUCUUGAUAGGACUCUUGUCCUUCAUGACCAGUGAGGAAAUGACGACAGGAAGCGUCAGUGCAUCUGAUCCGGAACGCAAACUACUCGCUGCACGGUCACGAUGGUGGAAUUCAACGGGCGGGGGAUCCCAUUCUAAUGCCGUUCCCGGCGUGACGUCGACCAUCAAAGGCAUCGCAAACAUCAAAGCGGGAGACGGUGGGAAAAAGUUUCGGGCAGAAUGGCCCGAGCUGGACGAGGAGAAUUGGAAGUGGAUGAAAGACAACCGUAUUGACGUCGCCACCGGCCAGAUCCUCCCUGAUCCCAACGCCGCAGCCACGAGCUGCGCUCCAGAGACAAGUGCGCUGCGUCGUCGGCCCGCGGGGAGCACUGCGAGCAUAGGGGCUGUCAUGGAGGGAGGGCAAGUCGCCCGUGAUGUCGGUCAAAGCUGGUUCCGUCGGCACAAGGUUUGGGUUGGAGUCCUGAUGGUCCUAGGCUACGCCUUGUUAGCACGGCUGUUCGACGACAUUCGUGUCUAA